AUGUGGAAGCUAUCCGUUAUAGGCAAAAUCACGCUUAUUUCUAUCAUUUCGCAAGCAAUAAUAGUCACCAUCUUAGAAGCUUUUGUUAUUUAUUUCCAUGUCAAUUUUGUCAUUCAAUAUAAAUUGAAUUCAGUUGGUGAAGGAAUAUCUGAGGCCGACUUAAUUUAUCAUUCAAUAUUUAUUUUUUCAUUAUUCUUUCAAGUACUUUUAGUAGUUGAUGCUCUCUGGCAUCGUAAUUCUGUCGAAAUAGUAGCCCUUGUAAUAUUCAAUCUUCUUUCGUUAGCAUAUGCAGGAUUACAACUUUAUCAACACGAGAUUCUCGAAGAUAAAGGCACUCAGAAUGCAACAUACGCGCCAAUUAAUCCUAUUUUCCCUAAAGAUAAUAGGGAUGCACCAAAAUUUUAUUAUGAAGCUAGGAUGAGACCAAUCGAAUAUACAAUCAUUGGCUUAAUAUCUGCUUUUCCUAUAUAUUUAUCUUUCAUGUCUUACAAGCUCACCAAAGAAUUUGGUUGGGAAAAUUAUAAAAUUUAUUCUGCUGAUAUUCGAGUCCGCGACGCAGUUUGGAGUCUAAAAAUUUUGCAGGCUUUGAUUAAAUUGGACAUAUUCUUUAUUGGAUCAUACGCCUUACAACUAAUACCUUCUCCAAAAAUUGGUUAUUAUUCUACAGUAGUGGAGAUUGCCCUCGUCUUUUUUCUUGGUACUCUCAUGUUGUUAAUAGCUUUGUUCUCCGUCAUUAUGGAAAAGAAAUAUCUUUUGUUAUCAGCGAUUAAUCUUUAUUCUAUAUCGUUGAUUUACUGGGCUUAUCGACUUAUAACGAUUAAUCUUCCUGUAUCAGAUGGAGAUGCUACAACUUUCGUUCUUGUAUUAAUUACUGUUAUUUAUUCCAUAAUUUGCUUCCGAAAUAUGAGCCGUGGAAUUUAUGUAUUGGCUGUAUAUGGACGGCAUGAAGAUGAGGCAGAAGAUUUCAAUAGAAAUCAGUAUUCAG